AUGAAAAAGUAUAACUUAAACAAAUACACUCUUAGAUAUUUUAAUUCUAGCUAUGAAAAAGAGUUUAAUGAGAAAGAUGCUAUAAAAAAAUACAAGCUAUAACUUGCAAUUGCUAUCUACUAUACAAUUAUGAAUUCUAUAUAUUUAGGAGUGGAUGGAUUUGAUUUGAAUCUCAUUUUGUAUACAAUAAUGCUUUUGAUUUUUAUAAUUUUAGUGCACUAAAAAAAGAUACUUGUUUAUUAUACAAACAUACUUAUAAUAUUAGCGACGUAGUUUUCUUAUUUAAUAUAUAUCAAAGAAAGAGAAGGAUAGAUAUCUGCUGGCGAAAUCUUUAUAAAUGGUCAAGCAGUAUCAUCUUUAUUUCUACUGAGUAGUUAAUCGUUUUAUUUUGAUGCUAUAACAAUGAUUAUAUGUUAGGCCAUGUUGAGAUACAUGAUGCAGACACUUAGUUAUCUGAACCUACUGGAUGCAUUUUAAAUUAUUUUUAUUAACUCGACCUUUAAGUAUUUGCAACAAAGAUAAGAGAGAUAGACAUUCUUCGAGAAAAAAAAAGCAGAAUAAUGGAAUUUAUGCACUGAUAAUUUAUUUUAAAACACAGUCGUUUUAACUAAAUACGAUAAAGUAACUUGUAAAGUUUGUGUCUAAGAUUGUAAUUAUCAAGCGAGAAAGCUAAAGAUUUAUGAUGAUGAUUCCUUUGAAGAAUUUAGUUAGACCGUAAAGAUUGAUUUAAGCAAAUCGAAAAUAAGCUUUUUGCUUUCAAAUGAAAAGAAUACACUCAAGGAUUACCUACUUUUAAAACACUACCUUUAAUCAAACUUAAAAAAGAGGAAAGCAGGAAAAAUACCAAAUUAAAUUUAGUCCUAAUCAGGAUCUUCUUAGUAAGAUACGAAUUAAUAAGAAUCGAAGAAGGUUACACAGUAAAAUAUUGACGGAAGCACUUCUAUAAAAUAUGCAAAGCAUGAUGUGUUGUAUGUUACAUAUGAGAAUCCAAAGUGUUAAGGAGAAAUAAAAAGAAUGAAAAUAAAAGCAGGAACUCUGGAGUUAGAUUAUCCAUUUAUUAUAUUAUCUAUGUAGGAUGUUUCAUCUCAAACAAACCUAUCAAAUUUAAAAAUAAAAUCGACAAAGAAUGAUCUUAUUUACAUAAAAAGUAUAAAUGAAAUCAGAGACAAAGUAGUCAAAAUAAUAAGCUAGAUAACUUCAUCUAGAUUUUCAUCUUAAAAAAAUGAGACAAACUCAAUUAAUUAGUAAAACUAAAGAAGGGUAUCAAACGAAGAAGUCUAAUUAAAUGGUUUCAUAACUUAUAAGAAAUAGAGAAGCUUUUACGAUUAAAGGGAAUAAAAUCAAACAAAUAAGUAGAAUGCUAAUACCCCAGUAAAUAAUACUUUCUUAAAUGUGCAAGAUUAGAUCACAUUUUAAGCAGCGAGUGAAAAUUAUAGCUAACAAAAUUGUGUUGAAAAUAAAGAUGAAAAAGAUAGCAAAAAUAUAAAGCUUGAGGGAAAUGAUAACAAUAAUUAAUCCCCGUUAUCAGCAGAUAUUUAUCUUAAUAAAGCUAACUUAAAAAAAGAAAUAAAGUAAUUAUAACAAAACUCAAAAUAGCAAGAUGAAUAAAUUAAAUAUUAUAAUUAACAAUAGAAUUUUAUAUUACAAUAAAAAAAUAUUUCAACAUCGAUUUAUUAAAAAACUAAUUAGUUAUUAUUACCUCCUCAAUCAGAACCCCUCAUUAGCUAAUUUUCUUAGAGAAUUUCAGAUUUUAAAGAAAAAGAUGAAUUAAGUGAUAUUGCUAGCGAAUAUAGAAGCUAGAAGUUAUAUCAAUAAAAUAAUAAUUAGAAUAAUAAAAUUCUUAAAAAGUCAUCAUUUAAUAACAGCUAUUAUGAAGGAGAUUCAAUAUAAUUGAUUGAAAAUGAUGAGAUUGAUUAUAAAAUAUCUAGUUUAAAAUUGGGUCUAAGCUGCUUGCUUAACAAUACGUAUUCUUUGCUUGAUUACAUCAUACUUUCAAAUGAAAAAUCACAUUUUAAAAAAUUAAUUGUUAAACCUAAUUCGCUAUAAUUAAGAAAAUUAGAGUAAUUCCUAAAAUAACUUUUUCCUAACCUCAAAGUGACUUAUUAAACUUAGGAACUUUAAGACAAAGAGCUAAAGACUGAUAUAAGAAGACUCAAGUAUAUUUUAAUAUCUAUUAUUAGUUCCUACUUUUAUAGAAAAAAAGAAUUAGAUGCUUAAUUCAAUAAUCCCAUACGCAAUCACAGUAAUACUUUUAUGAUUCUAACAGAUUAACUGAAUUAGACAGUUUUGCCAAAUAAGACAAAGUAAUUGUAUAAAUAUCAAUAACAAAUUCAUAAUUUAGAAUAUGAUAAAUAGAUUGAAAUUCUUUUAAACAUAUCAAUAAAUGAGCAACCCCAUUUUACUUCUAUUAGCUUUUCAGUUUAAAAUUUUGGUAGUAUAAAUCUACAACCUGAAAAUUCCCUAAACAUAAUAAACUCCCCUAAAGUAAGAAAUAUAUCUGAUACUUGUAUCCCAAUUUCUUACACAAACAAAAUAGCGGGACCUGAGAAAUUCACUUCUUUCAUGUCAAAAAAUAUGUGCAUAAAUGGAACUUGUGAUUUAACAAUUAGGGAGAUGGAAAUUAGAAAUAUAUAUUUCAACAUAAUGAGGCUAGGACCUUAUAUGCCUGAAUAUGAUUCAAGUUUGAAUUUGUUUUAGUUUGAUAUAUUUGAAAAUAUAGAUGUAAUAGAGCAGAUUCCUUCAGCAACAAAUAUUUAGACUACUUAAACCAAUAUCAUGAUGCAGCCAACAUCAGGUUUUAAUGUAGAAAAUAGUGUCAAACAGACAAACGGGGUCUAACUACUAAAUAAAAUUAAUUUAAAUUUAGCACCUUAAUUUUCAUCAGAUAAUUAAAGUACGAAACAUCGAAAAAGCAAUUUCUUUCAGCAAGGAGCAGCUAAUUUAAAUAUUACUUUUCCUAAUGGUAAAUCCUAAGAUGUUAUUAGAAAGAAAAGUGCUUAAAGAAGUAAAUUUAAUUCCAACGAGAGUGUAUUUAGUAAAAAGAAAAUCCCUCUAGACGAAUUUAAGCAGCAAGCUAUUGAAAGAAUAAAGGAAAAUAUUUAAUCAUUUGAUGGAGACUUUGAUAUUGGCUCAUAUAUAACGUUUUCUAGUGGAAAUGAGUAAAAAAUGGAGGAACAUAUGGAAGAUUCUCUCUAUAUUUCCAAAAAGUUACCAAAAUCGUUUUGGGACAUAGUCUAAUCAGAGGAAAUUCAGUAAUAAAUUUGA